AGUGCCUUUAACGUCCCUGCUUCACGUCGUAUUCCUCCAGCUUUACCGCCAGCCCCUUUGAACACCCUUUUUUAUCCACACUUUUUUUAGACGUUUGAGAGUCUAGCAGAAGCGCAGUCAGAGGGCGCGAGUGGGCUAACUUUCAUUACCGCUACUGAUCCCAGAGGCACUGGAGGCCGAUCCAAAACAACACGGCUGAACGGAAAGACUGGACCUCCAUCGGGAUUCAGUGCGCUACUCUUAGGAAGCGGCUCGUUGGAUUUUCUAGCGGGUAGAAAGUUGUUUCUACCAUGAAGCAAGCUUGGGAAAAGGGUGUUUUUGAAAACGGCCAGUCUAAAAUUUCAGGAAAUGUUGGGAAAGCUUCCGCUGAACACCUUCAGAGUACCUCAGGAGAAAAGCUUGAUAAUAAGUCUGCUCCUCUGGCUGGUGCUCAUGGUGGAGUGGGUCAGAACCUGCUGCUGAGUCCUGCCAGUCUUCAGCUGGCCCAGCUCCAGGCCCAGCUCACCCUACACCGCCUCAAACUCGCCCAGACCACCAAUACCGCCGCCGCAGCCACUGUCCUAAAUCAGGUUCUUUCCAAUGUGGCCAUGUCCCAACCUCUCUUCAACCAUCUUAGGGGUUCUAACAUGGCCCAGGCCCACAGUGGGGCCUUUCCACCUCCACCCAUAGCCUUUCCACCGCCAAAUGCUGCACUGGGACAACUGGUUGGUGGUGGCUUUGCCACUAAUCCUACUGGAAUCAGGCCCACCAACUUCAGUGGGGUGUCCAACCAGAAAGCAAGUCAGCACAAUGAUUUCGGCAAGAAGUCUGGAACGUAUUCGACGGACACAGACCGUCGAUUUCAGUUUGGAUAUCUGGGAGGUGCUUCCGUGGUCACUAGUAAAGCCUGUGAUGGAGCACAGUAUGGUGGAGCUUCUACACAACCCAGAAACAAUGCCCACAGCAAUUUUCAAAGAGACUUCUACUCCUCGGAAGCACCGGUACAACAAACCGGUUUCAUGGGAGGAAGCAAUGAUCAGAAUCUGGGAUCUAAGGAUCAAUGGAAAGGUCCGAUCAAUUUGGGGAAGAUGGAUAUAGGUACAGUAACUGGUUCUGGUGGUUGGGUACCACCUGGAUCAGGGUUUGUGGCUCAGAGAGCAGAGUUGUACAACCCUGAGGAACCCACAGCAGAUCCUAAGUUCAACUCAACAUGUGGUCCAGGGAUUGGCCCACCCCUUGGGCAGCAAGGGGGAUUUCAACAGCAGCCACAGGUUUCCCAAGGUGAAGAAGGCAUGACCUUACAAUUACAACCCCACCAGUUCAAUGACUAUCACGGGACGACACCUUCGCACCUACCCCAUCAGUGCACCAUUUGUGAGAAGAAGGUUUACAACCUGAAGGACUGGGACCAGCAUGUGAAGGGCAAGUUACAUCUUCAGAACUGUUCGCUCUACACCGAAAGCCCGACACUCGCAGCGGUGCACUUUCCAGUGUCGUCUGAAGGAUGUCUCAACAUGGCUUUGAGUAACACUAUGGCGUACACGUCGGCUGCCAGUCAAGAUGUUUCAACUGGAAAUGCUUCAUAUUUGCCUGCCACAGCCAUGAAGUCAUUUCCUCUUGCAGGGGCGGGAUUUACUUCGCACCAAGCAGGGGCAAAGUUUCUUCAGCGUAAAGCGUGUCCCGGACGCGUCGUGCACAUCUGUAACCUCCCGGAGGGCAGCUGCACGGAGAACGACGUUAUCAACUUGGGACUUCCCUUCGGCAAAGUGACCAACUACAUCCUCAUGCGCUCAACACAUCAGGCUUUUCUGGAGAUGGCGUACGUGGAGGCGGCGCAGGCCAUGGUGCAGUACUACCAGCUGCAGCCGGCUACCAUCAACGGACAGAAGCUGCUCAUCCGCAUGUCCAAGAGAUACAAGGAGCUGCAGCUAAAGAAACCAGGUAAAGAUGUUGACUCUAUAAUCCAAGACAUCAAUUCCCAGAGAGAGAGAGACGAGAUGCAGGACAUUGACAGGUACUUACCAGAACGUGCCAGAUCGCGCAGUCCAGUCAGUCGUUCUCUGAGUCCGCGCUCGCACAGCCCGAGCUUCACUUCCUGUAGCUCCGCCCAUAGUCCACCGGGGCCAUCCUGUCGGCCUGACUGGAGCAACGGCAUGGGGCCCCGCAGGCCCUCUUGGGACUGGACGUCCCAUUCCCGUGGCGACGAGGACCCUCGUGAGAGAGACGACUGGAGGAACGACGAGGAAGAGAGACCCAACGGAUGGCUGUCUGAGCGCAGGAAACCCUACCUUAAAACCGGGGACCGUAUCAGCCCACGUAUGGGGCCCGGGGACGAGCGGGGAAGAGACUGGUACCCCCGUGGAAGCCCUCAGGGUUCGUCCUUCUCUUCCUACCACUCCAUAGAUGACUUUUACAAGAAAGACUCAAUGUACAAGACUGAUAAACUGAGCAGGCCACAGCAUCAGAGACAUGAGGGGAAAACAAAAAGAAGGGAAGGAGGUGAUUAUCACAGAUCUCGACACUCAGAGUCAGAUGUGACAGACGAGACGAGCACAAACCGGAUCACUGAAGACAGAGGACGCAGCAAGAAGCCAAGCCGGAGACAAGACAAGGAGGAGAAAGAGUCUGAAAAUCAGAAGGAAGAACAUCAAAGGAAAGAAAGAUCAGCAUCUCCUCAUAACAGCAAACCUGCAGAGUCUUCAAAGUGUGACAAAGAUGGCGACAGUGAGGGAGUGGAAAGUGUAGAUGAUGGAGAGGAGGAGAGCUGGUAUCCUAAAAGCAUGGAGGAACUAGUGACCGUGGAUGAAGUCGGAGGAGAAGACGACUCUAUAGUUGAGCCUGACCUACCUGAUCUUCACGAGGAGGACCAGAGAGUUGAGCCCAGCCAGUCGACGCCAGAGAGCCCCAAACCAAAUGUGAAGACCCCAACAGAAGGCGAGGAGACCGUGGUGGACCCUCCUACCCUUACGCCAUUGGAUUUAGUUCCAGAAGAAAGCUCUGGAGGUGCUCAGUCCAGCCCUGGAGAGACACCCGUAAGACCAUCUGCUCCAGAGCAACCGGUCUGUCAACUCAACCGCUUCCCAUCCCAAGAGUUCAAAAGCGCUUUGGAGGAGACCUGCUCCACCACUCAUAUGGACACACAUGUGGUCGACACAACCACACCGGCUGGGCCUCUAAACAACAACAGCACAUGUGAAAGUGAGAAAGUGAAUGACUUGAGUAACGAUGAGAAAAUGACGGCAGAGAUGGACAACAAGGAACCAUGUCUCAAACAGGACAGUCAAAAGAAAGAUAUUCCUGACUCAUUACCGGCCCCUUCACCUCAGGCGACCGACGUCUUUGCUGCGUCACCCUCUCAAGAGCAGGAGAAAGCCAUCAGUGAACACAGCAUACCGUUAGGUGUGGAGUUCAUCGUGCCAAGGACGGGAUUUUAUUGCAACCUGUGUGGUUUGUUUUACACCAGCGAACAAACUGCUAAAACAUCACACUGUCGGAGUACAAUUCACUACAGGAACCUACAGAAAUAUCUGUCGCAGCUGGCGGAGGAAAGUCUCUUGAACUUCCACAUGGAGUCGCCAAACACUGAGUGAAGCUCACGUGAGACUAUCAGGACUGCACCACUGCUGGGACAUGCUGAGAGACACAAAACAAAGACAAGAGGAAGGGACACAAGAAGAACUAGAGCAACUGGAUCCUAUGUGUACUCUAGUUCAUAGCAAUAUGCACUGUACGAAAGUUUUUCAGAAUGUUUAUGCUGCUAUUUUACUGUACAAUGGAACUGAAGGUGGACUGUGGCUUUAAAAUGUAAAAAUUGUCUUCAGUCCAUGUGCACUAGUUUUUUGAAGCCGUAUGUUAGCGUAGUGUGAGGAACAAACAAAAAAAUAGACAAAAAUGGAACUUCUAAACAAAUGUUAAAGGCAUAGUUCACCCAAAAAUGAAAACUCUGUCAUUAAUUACUCACCCUUAUGACAUUCAUUCAUCUUUGAAACACAAAUUAAGAUAUUUUUGAUGAAAUCCGAGAGCUUUCGUACUCUUUGCUGAACAUUUCAGUUUCAUUGCUGUUUAUGCAGGGUCAGAAAGCUCUCGGAUUUUAUCAAAAAUAUCUUAAUUUGUGUUACGAAGAUGAGCGAGGGUCUCAGGAGUUUGGAACGUCAUAAGGGUGAGUAAUUAUUGACACAAUUGUCAUUUUUGGGUGAACUAUGCCUUCGACUAAAUACAGCUCUAGUUUCCAUUCACUUUCAUUGUGUGGAAAAGAGCAGCAUGAACUUUCUGCAAAAUAUCUUCAUUUGUGUUCUACGAAAAAUGCUCAGUCACACAGGUUUGAAACAUGAGGGAGAGUACUAAAAUAUGACAACUCUAAGUGCCCUGUCCUUACCGGAGGACAAAACGUGGUCUGUGUCCUUUGUAGUCCAGCGUGGGAUUUUUAAUACACUGUGAAAACUAUGUAUCAGAAUGUGAAAUGCACUGAUAAGUGUAGUGUUUACAUCAUCUGCAUCUGCCUCAUUCAUACUCAUAAAGCUUGCAUAUAUGUCAAAUUCUUCUCUGUGGUAGACAAAGAUAAACAUCACUUCAGAAGUGCCUAAUUUAAAAUUGAAGAGGUGUAAAAUUAUCCUCAGGUUAAUACUUGUCCAGGUGUGAAUAUUCUGUCGAUGCCUUUUAAAUUAUUACUAUUUGUCUGUAUUGCAUUUUGUGAUUAUUUUUGUCAGUCUUCAGGUCUUGAAUCCGUUUUAUGCUUGAAACACACUUUUCAAAGUGCCUUAUAAUGUGUUAAAACCCCAAAAUGCCUACAAAUCAAUUGAACGCAAUGGAAAGCUGCUUGUGUAUAAUGUCUGCCAUAUUAUUUUGCUUUGUUGCUGUACACAGAGCUCAGACUUUAGGGAUACUUGAACUGGACCAUGUUUAUUUAUCAGAUAUCACAUUUAUAAAAAGCAGAGUGAGAGUUAUAAAUAGUAUAUUACUGGAAUAGUUCUGGAAGACGUUUUUCUCCUGCUGUUUUAUAUUCUGUUAAUAAUAGCACCCCAUUUUGUCGAAGAAAAAUCUGUAUAAAUAUUUUUGGGUUGCACUGAUGCAAAUAAUUAAUAAACAUUUUGGAAAAUAA